GGUGCCAAUGUUUGUGAUAAUGCUGGCUGAGGUCCUAUUGCCAAUCCUGACAGUCUGCGGUCUGCCAGUCAGAAUUGCACACUGGGGCUUUUGUUAUCGAGGAGCGCAUUACAGCAGGAAGUUGGUCAGGCCCUGGGAGACGACAGCUGCAUCAACAGACAUGAUGUCUGAGAACUUCGUUGUUCUUACUCAGCCAGUGACAAACCAGGUGAGAGAGCCACUCAGAGUCAUCACAGCCCUGUGUUGUGACACUCAACAUGGUGGAAAAACAACAAGAAAGGUCUCAGUGUAUCAAAGUAUCAUUUUCUGGCCUUAACUGUAGAGAAAUGGCGUAAUCCACUCGCCAUAUAAUAUUAUAUUAUAAAGCUCAUCAGGCCGUAAAUGUUAAACUAUAUUUUUCUAUAACAUGGCGCCCUCCGAGGCAGACGUGUUUGCGCAUUCCACUCCCGAAUGCCGACUUUGUCUUCGUUUGUCAUCCUAUAUAUGUUGAUCGUACAAUGAGCGCCAGAUGCAGUGGCGUAAAUCUUGAGCAAACUCAAUUUAAAGAUGGUGCACGGUGCACAGGAUUACGGCUACAUCUAAUGUUUGCCCCUCCUGGAGAUUACUCCAUACUUCGUCAGUCUGGAUCAUCUGGGUUUCGCUCUGUCACUUGUCUUUUGUAAACAGGGUCUUUAUUCAACACUAAACUGUGUCGCUGUGAACCCUCCACACAAACAUUCGCAGGUGCCAAUUCGGCACCGGAGCGCGCACUGUUUGAGUCGAAUGGCGAAUCAAUCACACCUCAAAUUUUAAUGUCACAACUUAGAGCAUUCCGUUUUGUAAUAAUGUAAUGUUAUGAAUUUCAACCAUUUUAUGCAAAUAUGCCUAUUCCUUUUUCACUCUUGGAGAAAAAAAUUGUGGGGGAGAAUCGUUCCAGUGUGUUCUGAAUUAUGGAGAUACUAACUUCCGCUUGGGCCUAGAAUGCAUACGGCACUCGCUGUGGGUGCCUAGCAACGGUUGCUAAGCUGUUUACUUACGUCAGACGUUCCUUUGAUGAGGUUACGUCCAGAUUUACCUAACAAGUCUAUGCCAACAAUAGUAGUUUUAACUAUACACAGAGUCAGACAGUUCGGUUAGUUUUAACCAGACACACUCACAGAAAUAAGUAGCCAAUUUCAAAAACAUUCACUUCGUAAAAGACCAGCUAACAUGGAUGUAAACACUGACGGUCUCCCGGAAUUAACUGUGGAACAGCUUCACCCAUUGACUCAGUCCAGUGACUCUGGAAGCCAUGAAGCCUCAUCACAUCAACUUCAGGAGGAGCAAAUUACCGUACUUUCAGAUGAUACUGUUGAGGUGAUUACUACAGUAGACGAUAUGAAAGAGACAGAUGCUACUGCUCAGGAAUUCAGCGUCGAGCGUUGCACGAAUGAAGAGAGGGGAAAACUUAAGGAGAGAUUUGCUAAGCACUUUGCCAAACUGUCAUUUUAUCGAAUCAUGACACAGCUACAAGGCAAAUUCUUUAGCCACUGCACUGCACUUUCUACCAGUGAUUUGCAUUCUCACAUGGUUCAGGUUAACUCGCUGUUUGAGGAACAAGAAGGUGAGGUUUGCCAGGGCAGCCUUAUAGAAACCAUCUCCAGCGGCGAGGCCCCGGUAUUAACAGAUAAACUUUGCGGUGUACUGAAUGAUUUUGUUGACGGCUUAAGAUCGAAGACCAUCACAAAAUCAGGCGGCCACAUCAUUAUAUCAGUGACUCCACCAACAUCUGUUGUGCAUCAUGAGAUACAGAACAGCGUGCAGCGUUUCCUCGGAACGAUGAGGGAGUGGCUGCGCACUCAGGCUGACACCUGUGUGAGCUCGGUGAUGACACGGAUCGCUGAAGAUUCAAUGUCUUUCCCAAGUGAAGCGGUGAGUGUCACUGCUGAAGGGGAGGAAAGGACAGACAGCGGCCAAGAAGCUACAUUAAAUGAUCAUCUGUCUUCCCCAAGUGAAGCGGUGAGCGUCAACGCUGAGCAGGUGAAAAGGACAAACAUGGGCCUACGUAGUUAUGCAAGCUUCGCUGCUGAAGAGAAGGAAAGGGGACAAGGUUAUCUGUCUUCCCUACAUAAAUGGGCAAGCGUCACUGCUGAAGAGGUGAAAACGAUAUACAUUGCCCAAGAAGCUACAUUAAAAGAUCAUCUGUCUUCCCCAAGUGAAGCAGUGAGCAUCACUGCUGAAGGGGAGGAAAGGACAGACAGCGGCCAAGAAGCUACAUUAAAAGAUCAUCUGUCUUCCCCAAGUGAAGCGGUGAGCGUCAACGCUGAGCAGGUGAAAAGGACAAACGUGGGCCUACGUAGUUAUGCAAGCUUUGCUGCUGAAGAGAAGGAAAGGGGACAAGGUUGUCUGUCUCCCCUACAGGCAAGUAUCAGCGCUGAGCAGAUGAAAAGGGUGAGAGAACGUUACGUGGAGGCAGCUGUGUCCUCUGUGUAUGCAAGGCUUAUCGUGAAUUGCAAAGUAUUAGUUAAUCCACCACAUAACUCCAUGAAGCGAGUGCGUGAAAGAACCUGUGAUCUCUUGAAGUCUGAAGCUUUAGACUGUAAUUUAAAAUUUUUGAAGGACCUGGACAAAAAGGUGUUCAAAGACCUGUGCAAACAUUUUGGCAGUGCAGAUGGGGUGCAGUUUCAACUGUAUUCGGAUACAACAGUAACCGAAGAUUACAUCGCCUUGACUAUAAAAAAUCACUUACUUAACCCUAACCCACCAAAGAAACACAGCGCCAUUCGCAGGUUCUUUACUAAUGCGUGGAAAGUUAUCCGAUGUCGCUAAAGUAGUCAAAAGGAAAUCGUUGAGUGGUAGGACUCUUUGCACUUCCGGGACCUUUGCCACAUAAGUGUACAGUAUGACAAGAGAUAACGCAUUCCGUAUGACAUCCAUGGUAAUAACAAGCUUCUCAGCAUUACUAUUGUGAGCUCACAGCUACAGUAAAAGACAAUGGCUUGACUCUGUCCUCACCGUGAGUUUGCAAUCUGCCUACUAUGAUGUUGUGGGUUUCCUCCCACAUUAAAUAAGGAAACAAUUCGGCAAUCUAA